AUGUGGCCCGGGAUGCUGUCAGGGCUGACAGCAGUGACGCUGCGUGGGCCGGGCACAGCCCAGCACCGGCUCCGGCAGCGCCCAGGGCGCCAGGUAAGGCUGCUGCUGACGCUCAACGUCUCCGCACUCUACCAGCACUUGAAGGGCUUCGGUGGGUCUCUCUCUGAUGCUGCUGCCAUCAACAUCCUGGGGCUGUCGCAGCUUGCCCAGGACAACCUGCUCCGCUCCUACUUCUCUGAGAGCGGGAUUGAGUACAACCUCAUCCGGCUUCCCAUGGCUUGCAGUGACUUCUCCGUCCGCCCCUACAGCUACGAUGAUAUCCCCCAUGACUAUGAGCUGAAGCACUUCAGGCUGGCUGAGGAGGAUGUGAAGCUGAAGAUUCCCAUCCUGCACCGAGCCUCGGCCAUGAGCAGGCGGACGCUGUCACUGUAUGCCAGCCCCUGGACCUCCCCAGGCUGGAUGAAGAGCAACGGGGACGUCCGCGGGAAGGGGACACUGAAGGGGCAGGCAGGGGACAAGUACCACAAGACCUGGGCCAACUACUUCAUCAAGUUUCUGGACGAAUACGCCAAGCACAACGUGACCUUCUGGGCGGUGACUGCGCAGAACGAGCCCCUCGCAGCCAUCUUCACGCCCCCUCAGUUCCCCACUAUUGCCUUCACCGCCGUGCAGCAGCGGGACUUUGUCGUCCGUGACCUGGGCCCUGCACUGGCCCGCAGCCCCCACCGCACCCGCCUUAUCAUCCUGGAUGACCAGCGCAUCCACCUCCCGCACUGGGCCAAAGCGGUCCUGGGCAAUGCCACUGCUGCCCGCUACGUCGCUGGCCUGGGGGUUCACUGGUACCUGGACAGCAUUGUCCCGGCCAGCUGCAGCCUGGAGGCCACCCACAAGCUCUUCCCUGACCAUUUUCUCCUCUACACGGAGGCCUGCAGUGGCUUCCUCACCCUCCGCUUCUCUGUGUCCCUGGGCUGCUGGGAGCGAGGAGAAAGCUACAGCCACAGCAUCCUGACGGUCCUGAACCACUUUGUGGCCGGCUGGACCGACUGGAACCUGGCCCUGGACCUCCAGGGGGGCCCCAACUGGGUCAAGAACUUUGUGGAUAGCCCUGUCAUCGUGGACAGCAGCAAGGACGUCUUCUACAAGCAGCCCAUGUUCUACCACCUGGGGCACUUCAGCAAGUUCAUCCCCGAGGGCUCCCGGCGCGUGGGGCUGCACAGCAACCGCCGGUGUCUCAUCUGUCAGCUGGAGCACGUGGCCGUCCUGCGCCCUGACGGGGGCCUCGUCCUGGUGGUCCUCAACAGGUCCGGCUGGGACAUGCCAUUCUGGAUCCAGGACCCCGCUGUUGGUUUCAUCGAGACCAUGGCUCCAGCCAACUCCAUCCAGACCUACCUGUGGCGUGGGAAGUGAUGGCCAGGGCAGGGCAAGAGAGGGCACCACGUGGCUGGGGGGUCUCUGGGGGUCCCCUGCCCUUUCCAGCAUCCUUCAAUGGUGGAAGCAGGCGGUGACCCACCACUGCGGGUACAGGAUGGACCAAGAGUCCUGCCCCUGCACUAGGGGCUGCAUGUGGUCCUGGCGCUGGGGUCCCACCAGGGCUGCCACCACCAGUGCUUCCCAGCCUUCCCCAUCCCUCCCCGGUGUCCUCCAGCCCCCUGAAAGCUCCUGCUGCAGCGUCUCC